AUGGAGAUCAGGCGGCGGCGGGCACUGGCGAUGGCCCUGGCGGCGGUGCUGGCCGCCGUGACUGUUGCUCGGGUGGCCACGGCUGCGACAAGUUACACGGUGGGGGCGCCGGAUGGGCUGUGGGACAUGCACACGGACUAUGCUGAGUGGGUCGCCGCCAGGACGUUCCACCCCGGCGACAACAUCACGUUUACGUACUCGAGAGAGCUGCACGACGUGGUGGAGGUGGGCAAGGCCGGCUACGACGCCUGCUCCAGCGCAAACAACGUCUCCGCCUUCCGCUCCGGCAACGACGUCGUCGCGCUCACCACCGUCGGCACGCGCUACUUCCUCUGCGGCCUCACCGGCCACUGCGACAGCGGAAUGAAGAUCAGGGUCGACGUGGUCGCCGCGUCCACCGGUCCCGUAGCCGCGCCGCCCACCACGUCUGCCGGGGGUAACGUCGUCGCAGGCCUUGGCGCGCUCGUGGUGACGCAUGCUCUCCUUGCCAGCAUCAGCGUCUGGUGA